GACGGCUUGGUCUGCUGCCAUAUUAAAAUAAGAGUACACUUUAAAUUCCAAAAGUCAUACAAUCAGUCCGUGGUGGGUCUCGCACAUACAAGGUUUUACUGCCUUAAUUCUAUUCACGUGCUCCAUCCCCUAGCGUGUAGUGGAUUGAACCCAGAGUCUCUACAUGGUGACAAACGCUCUAUUCCUGAGGUACCCCACUAACCUGAAUUCAUUCCUGAGUAGUUAACACACCUCCAUGGUGCAGAAUUGAAAAGGCUCUACACCACAUAGAAUGAAAUUAAACCCCUCAGGUCUGCAUCAGGCAGUAAACACACACACACACACACACACACACACACACACACACACACACACACACAGAGUUAACAUUUAACAAUGUACCAAAGGCUAGCUCUUUUCCUCUCUUCCUGUUGCCUUUCUCCAUUGUCAUGUUUUUCCAAAGAAAACCCAAUGCAUAGGAAAGAUUAAGCAUCGAUCUAUGAAUAUAUCUCCUUUGGUUUAUCCAAGCAGUAAUCAAGAUUUAGUAUUCUUUAUCAUGUUUUUAAUUAAGGAUAUAAUUAAGUCACUUCAUACAAACAUAUAUUCUCUCUCUUUCUGUUUUUCAAGAUAGGAUUCCUCUGUGUAGCAUUACCUGUCUUGGAACUCACUAUGUAGACCAGGCUGGCCCUCAAACUCACAGAGAUCCUGCCUCUGCCUUCCGAGUGCUAGGAUUAAGUGUGAGCCCGGCUUUGGAUUUCCCACACGCUCUUACAGUCCGGUAACCAUAGAGAGCAUUGUGGCCUUUAACUCCCCAUCCUGAGCUUCCUAAAAGCUGAGAUUAAUAUGCUACCAUGCCUGCCUUAAGGUUUAUUAUAUGGUUCUUGACUCUAUCCUCCACUGGACAUUUAGCACCUUGGUAAGAUCUUGGCAGGUAAACCAAGCCCAUCCAAUUGGUAUCCCACCAGGCUCCCGCACUGGGCCACACCGAAGGCACCGGGAGCAAGUGCUUCAAACGCCAAGGCUGCAAAAUUCACAUUGCACAGAGGUGUGUUCUUCCAUACAACCUUUGCCUUACAUAUCCUUGCCUCCGUGAACUCCUCAUCCUCUUAAAUGUUCUAUGACAGCUGAUGAUGGAGCUGGAAGCCAAAUUGGUACCUUGACUCAUAAAUAAAUAAAUAGCUCGGUAAGGUACCGUAAGAGCCAUGAUGGCAGACACCCCAUAGCCUCCUUGUUUUAAGUGCUGUUUGUUUGCCUGCUGCCCCAGUGGGAUUGGAUCCGGGGUCUUGUAUAUGACGCCAGUGAGGUACUGCAUCGCCGAGCCAUAAUCCCAGCCCAUUAAUUUUUUUAUUUUUGACACAGGGUUUUAUUAUAUUGCUCAGGCAUGCACUACCAUGCCCAGUUUAACUUUAAUUUUUUUUUUUUUUUUUGCUGUAAGUGUAUUUCAGUAGUAGAGUGAGUUCUUAGUACUCAUGAGUGGCUGGGUUCUAAAUAAAUGUCACAGACUCAUAGGCAGGGCUUCCAUAGCGGCCAGAGUUGUGGGCUCCAGAUUCUUCCAAGCUCUUGGUUCAGAUCACUGUCAUCAUAAUACCAUUGUGGUCAAAUAAUUUAGCAUGUCUUUGAGCGUUAGCUAUGAAAUAGCUAUGAAAUAGAUUUAAAGAGAUGCCAAUAUGAAGGGCUUUGUUCAAAGGCACUCUUAAGUGCUUCAGCGCCUGGAGCUAGAGACUAGGGUAGCCCAAGAUUCAGGAGACAGAGGCUGGAGGCUUACACACUUCUAGACCAGCCUGGUUUACAAAACAAGUUCCAGGCUACCCUCGUCUCACAAAUAGGAAAGCCAAGAGCUAGACUAACGACGUAAGAGCAGUUUGUUCCUUCCUAGUCCAGAAUCCCUGGUUUCUGAGUGGUCCAUCCAGGGACGUUCAAGCCCACAGUGUGUGUCUGUGCAAGUGAAGCUGUCAUUUCUGUCUUCUGUCCCCUUGUCUUUGGACACAGAGCUGCUCAUUACCCCUGUGAGGAUGGAUGACACAAUUGACUAUAACACAGGUAGGAUCUGACCGAGCCUUUUACAAGGAUGGUACAGGAAUGUGGUAUUUCAUUUCCAACGAGGCUGGCUUGCGUUAAAAGUUCACCUCUCAAAACGAGCCCCCUUUCUCUUUCUCAUUUCUCACCUCCCAGCUCCUGGGGGACAUUCAGCCAAAGUUGGAGCUCAAGGGUCUGGCCCUUCCCCCCUUGGCCCAAAAUAACCUCCUCCCCCACUUGGGGGGAAUGCUUGGAAUUCUUUCGACCGAGGACAAAGGCUUUCAUCUGCCAAUUACUGAUAAAGGGAAGAUGCUAAUAUGCCGGAGAGGGUGAUCCAUCAAGGGCUCAACGUUUACUGAGUGACCACUUAGACCCAGCAGAGGGGUGGCCAUUCUGGGGGCGUCAAAGGGGGACAAAUACCUGGCUGGCUCAUUCUUCUGUGAUUUCCUCCAGGUUUGGAAAGGGAGGGGGACCAAGUCAGGUGACUGAGUAACCUCUGCCCACUCUAAGAAACUGGCUGAUAUCAGACUUUUUCCUUUGGGGGGAAAACUCAGAAGCCACAGGGGGGUGGGGAGAGGUGGAGGGGAGAGAACCCCAGGGAGGUAGGUGAAGCAGGAAGAUGUCCAACGUCCCAUUUGACAGUUUUGCUUUAAUUCUUAACCCACUGAUUCUCAGCCCUGGGCCCCUCCUGAAAACAGCCUGAAGCAUAAAUGAAGUUGAGCAUUUGAAAAGGCAAGCGGCGUGGUUGAGAGCCAGUAGCUCUGCCUUUCUGAUUCCCAGCUUCCUUGUUUACAAAACGGGGCAGCAAGGCCGUAAGACAUCUCCUUUAAAAGAUUCUUUCUCACGAGAAGAGCCAGGUAAAGAGGUCCAUGUCCCCACGUCAUUCCCCCCCCCCCCUCUUUGGUGCUGGGUAUGGAACCCAGAACCCAGGCUUGCUGGGCCUAGUUCGCCGCUGAAUCACAUCCCCAGCUGGCUCCUGGUUUCCAACAGGGAUGGUUAGAAAGGCUGUCCCAGUGGGCGCAGCUGAUCCAACGUAGAUGUAAUUUCAGUGACAAAUUUGGGGUUUACGUAGAAGACUUCUACCACUAACGUACACGGAUAGGAAUUAAAACAAACUUCAAAGAGUAGAUUUGGGGGCGGGUGGAAAAAGUAGAGAAAUAUACGGUAGGAAAUUCUAGUGUAAGGGAGGGUGACCAAGCCUGCUCACAGCUGAUUUCAGGUGGCAAGGCCACUUCCUCCCCACAUCUGUCUGAAUCAGUGCUGUUGACGUUGAGGACAAGAUAGGAAGAGCAGUCACCUAAAUUCAUAAUUUCUUGAAUCUGGGUUUCCCCGGUGCGCAAAAUGACCUGCUUUAGCUCCUGCACUGAAUAAGAAGCUGCAGUCAAUGGUAGCGUCACCUGGGAGGUCUCGCAGAACAUCCCUGGUGCAAAGUCAUUAGGCCCUUGCAAGAAAGAGGCCGUAGGGAACAAAGUUUGGGGCCAGCCUUUCUCCCAACUUAAAAAGAGGCCUGACUUGUCCGUUUUGGAAUUCCAGGACCACUGAGGGCCAAUUCUGGGAGCAGUCACAAGCACUACUUAAAAGACAGAGGAACAUUGGGGGAUCUGAUACCCCUCGCAUAUUCACAAAGGCUGCCCCUACCUUCUCCGCUGAGAAAACAGUAUGGAUUAAUCAAGGUGCUGUACCCCAGAAAGCCACGAACAUCACUACUUUUCCCCUAAAUUGCCGCAGGAGAGAGGCUUACCUUUUGCCUGCCUGGUGAAUCCGAUUCUCUAGUCCCUCCUGUGUAUCGACUAUCUCUUCUCAGCGAGUGUAGAGACUUUUCUUUCUUUCUUUCUUUUUAAAAGCCCAACUUCUGUUUCAGGGCUGUACUACCGAGGCUGUCCGAAUGAAUGAGCGAAAGGCUUUCUUCCGGUCAGUUGCAGUCUGAGAAGGCUGUGGACUGGUUGUAUUUCCUGUACCUGUGCCUGUGUCUCCAUAUUAUUUCAGCCCGGGAGUUUAAAAGUUAUGCAGUCUGUACAGAUACAGAACUCCGCUAAUUUCUUUCUGAGCCCCUCGGAUGCCAUAUGGAAAUAUGGCAGGUUCGCAAAUGGAUAGGGGUCUGGACAGGCUGGCCCCUCCCCCCUAGACAUGCAGUAAGGAAAGCAAAACAGAAAAAGAAAUCAUACAUGCAAAAUACUUUGAAUUUAGGUCGCCAGCCUAGGUAAUGAGGAAAGGUGGUUGAAGGAAGAGAGGGGCGGCCCUGGGUAACCCAAGCAAGGAGGACAGGGGCAGAAGUGGGGGGGUCGGUUUUGGGGGUGCCAGGCCCCGGGGGCUUUCACGCCAGCAGGCUCGGCUAGCAUUUCCGCGCCUCCCGCUGAGGCCAUCCGUGCAAAUCUGCACCUCCCUCCCCACCCCCUCCUCUCUUUCCCUCCCUCCCUGCCCCGCCAUCUCUGGGAUGCGCCCGCCGCCUGCAACUCAGCCCUUCAAAAGUCAGCUCCCGGGCGGCGGCGGCGCCUGCGUGCAGAGGCGCACUCGUGACCCAACAACAAAACAGCGAUGCCAAGGCGCUAACGGCGCCCGGUGCGUCCCAGGCUCCCUUCUGGCCCCACACCUCCUACGGCUGCGGUCCCCGACACCCCCAACCCGAGCCCCCCUUCUCCCCAACUAGCCUAGCCGCAAGCUCGGAGCCCGAUCGGCAACAAUGUUUACGUUCCGGGGAUUAUGACGUCGACGCCUCCCCCCCCACAACUGCUGAAAAUGGUUUCCUAGGACUUUGCAAACGGAUCUGCUUAAGUGUUGGUGCAAAACUUUGUAGAUAUCGGCUCUGGCUUGCUCUAUUUAUUUAUUUUUUUUUUGGUUUCUUUUCUUUGGUCUUCCCUCCUUUCCCCCUCCGCCAAAAUGCAGGGGGCAGGAGUGUUGACAAUUAAUUGGUGAACUCCCCUAAAAAAAUGGAGGCAGAGAAAGACUCUGGAAGAAGAUUGGUGUGUAGCUUUUUUUUUUCCUCCCCCAAAUCUGUAUCUGGUAUAUGAUCGAUUUAUCUAUUUGUUUAUUUUUGGUUGUUUCUCGCUGCCUUUUCUUUCCUUUUCUGUAUUUUGCAAGAGGACCGGAAAAAAAUAAAUUGCAUGCAAAAGGAAGCGAGCAGCUUACUCCUCCAGUCUCUUGUGAGGCUCAGGGUCUCAGACACUUAAGUGGGGAGGAGGUAGCGCCGAAAGGCGUGGAAGGGGCUGAGCGGGCUCGGGGUUCGCCUGGGAUCUGGGGGGCUGCGGGGCUCGGUGCUGAGCGGCGGAGGGAGGAGGAAGAAGGAUGCGGGGAGUGGUGGGGGAGUCUCCUUAGGAAGUGAGUGUGCGCGCGCGCUCGUGGGGAGAUGAGGCAGCUGCUGCGUGCGAUUGACCGCCAGAGAUACGACGAGAACGAAGACUUGUCGGACGUGGAGGAAAUUGUCAGCGUCCGUGGCUUCAGCCUGGAGGAGAAGCUACGUAGCCAGCUAUACCAGGGGGACUUCGUGCAUGCCAUGGAAGGCAAAGAUUUUAACUAUGAGUACGUACAGAGAGAAGCUCUCAGGGUUCCCCUGGUUUUUCGAGACAAGGAUGGACUAGGAAUCAAGAUGCCAGACCCUGACUUCACAGUCCGAGACGUCAAACUCCUGGUGGGGAGUCGCCGGCUGGUGGACGUGAUGGACGUGAACACCCAGAAGGGCACGGAGAUGAGCAUGUCCCAGUUCGUGCGUUACUACGAGACACCAGAGGCACAGAGGGACAAACUGUACAAUGUCAUCAGCCUCGAGUUCAGCCAUACGAAGCUGGAGCAUCUAGUCAAGCGUCCCACUGUGGUGGACCUGGUCGACUGGGUGGACAACAUGUGGCCCCAACAUCUAAAGGAAAAGCAGACAGAAGCCACAAACGCCCUUGCCGAGAUGAAAUACCCCAAAGUGAAGAAGUACUGUCUGAUGAGCGUGAAGGGCUGUUUCACCGACUUCCACAUUGACUUUGGAGGCACCUCCGUGUGGUACCAUGUUUUCCGUGGCGGGAAGAUCUUUUGGCUGAUCCCCCCAACCCUGCACAACUUGGCUCUGUAUGAGGAGUGGGUGCUGUCUGGCAAACAGAGUGACAUCUUUCUGGGAGACCGAGUGGAACGCUGCCAAAGAAUUGAGCUGAAGCAAGGCUACACAUUUUUCAUCCCUUCUGGUUGGAUCCAUGCAGUGUACACGCCCGUGGACUCUCUGGUGUUCGGCGGGAACAUCCUGCACAGCUUCAACGUGCCCAUGCAGCUGCGCAUCUACGAGAUCGAGGACAGGACCCGGGUUCAGCCCAAGUUCCGUUACCCCUUCUACUAUGAGAUGUGCUGGUAUGUCUUGGAGAGAUACGUGUACUGUGUGACCCAGCGCUCCUACCUCACUCAGGAAUACCAGCGAGAAUUAAUGCUCAUUGAUGCCCCAAGAAAAAACAGUGUAGACGGUUUCUCAUCUGAUUCCUGGCUGGAGAUGGAGGAGGAGUCCCGUGAGCAGCAGCUCCAGGAGGAGGAGGACAAGGAAGAGGAAGGGGAUGGUGCAGACAAAACACCCAAGCCACCCACCGAGGGCCCCACCUCACCCACCAGCACCCAGUCGGAAGACCAGGACAGCACAGGGAAGAAGCCUAAAGCCCCUGCUAUGCGAUUCCUCAAGAGGACUUUGUCCAAUGAGUCCGAGGAAAGUGUCAAGUCCACAGCGAUGCCCGUAGACUACCCCAAGACGCCCACAGGCUCCCCGGCCACUGAGGUUUCUACCAAGUGGACUCACCUUACCGAAUUUGAACUGAAGGGCUUGAAAGCCCUGGUUGAAAAACUAGAGUCUCUUCCGGAGAAUAAGAAGUGUGUCCCUGAGGGAAUUGAGGACCCCCAGGCCCUCCUGGAAGGUGUUAAGAAUGUACUGAAGGAACACGUGGAUGAUGACCCCAACCUGGCCAUCACCGGGGUCCCCGUGGUCAGUUGGCCAAAGAAAACUCCAAAGAACCGGGUGGUGGGUCGGCCUAAGGGCAAGUUGGGCCCGGCCUCAGCGGUGAAGUUGGCUGCCAACCGAACAACAGCAGGAGCUCGCAGGCGCCGGACGCGAUGCCGCAAGUGCGAGGCCUGCCUGCGGACGGAGUGUGGAGAGUGCCACUUUUGCAAGGACAUGAAGAAGUUCGGAGGUCCUGGGCGCAUGAAGCAGAGCUGCAUCAUGCGGCAGUGCAUCGCGCCAGUGCUGCCCCACACCGCCGUGUGCCUUGUGUGUGGCGAGGCAGGGAAGGAGGACACAGUGGAAGAGGAAGAAGGCAAGUUUAACCUCAUGCUCAUGGAGUGCUCCAUCUGCAACGAGAUCAUCCACCCUGGAUGCCUUAAGAUUAAGGAAUCAGAGGGUGUGGUCAACGAUGAGCUUCCCAACUGCUGGGAGUGUCCGAAGUGUAACCAUGCCGGCAAGACCGGGAAAGCCUACAAGCAAAAGCGUGGCCCUGGCUUUAAGUAUGCCUCCAACUUGCCUGGCUCCUUGCUCAAGGAGCAGAAGAUGAACCGGGACAACAAGGAAGGGCAGGAGCCUGCCAAGCGGAGGAGUGAGUGUGAAGAGGCCCCCCGUCGCAGGUCAGACGAGCACCCCAAGAAGGUGCCUACAGAUGGCAUCCUCCGCCGAAAGUCUGACGAUGUGCACCUGAGGAGGAAGCGGAAAUACGAGAAGCCCCAAGAGCUGAGUGCACGCAAGCGAGCCUCGACGCUUCAAACGUCCCCCGGUUCCUCCUCUCACCUCUCGCCGAGGCCCCCUCUAGGCAGCAGUCUCAGCCCUUGGUGGAGAUCCAGUCUCACUUACUUCCAGCAGCAGCUAAAACCUGGCAAAGAAGAUAAGCUUCUCAGGAAAAAGCGGCGGUCCUGGAAGAACGCUGAGGAUCGGCUGUCACUGGCCAACAAGCCCCUUCGGCGCUUCAAGCAGGAGCCAGAGGACGACCUGCCUGAGGCACCUCCUAAGACCCGGGAGAGUGAUCAGUCACGGUCCAGCUCGCCCACAGCUGGGCCCAGCACUGAGGGGGCCGAGGGCCCAGAAGAGAAGAGGAAGGUGAAGAUGCGCCGGAAACGGCGGCUUCCCAACAAGGAGUUGAGCAAAGAGCUAAGCAAGGAGCUCAACCACGAGAUCCAAAAGACAGAGAGCACCUUAGCCCACGAGAACCACCAGCCUAUCAAGUCAGAGCCCGAGAGUGAAAACGAGGAGCCAAAGAGGCCCUUAAGCCACUGCGAGCGCCCGCACCGCUUCAGCAAAGGGCUCAACGGCACUCCUCGGGAGCUGCGGCACUCACUGGGACCUGGGCUUCGCAGCCCACCUCGUGUCAUCUCCCGGCCCCCGCCCUCUACAUCCCCACCCAAGUGCAUCCAGAUGGAGCGUCACGUGAUCCGGCCACCACCCAUCAGCCCCCCACCUGACUCGCUGCCCCUGGAUGAUGGAGCAGCCCAUGUCAUGCAUAGGGAGGUGUGGAUGGCAGUCUUCAGCUACCUCAGCCACCAAGACCUGUGUGUCUGCAUGCGGGUCUGCAGGACCUGGAACCGCUGGUGCUGCGAUAAGCGGUUGUGGACCCGCAUCGACCUGAACCACUGCAAGUCCAUCACUCCCCUGAUGCUGAGCGGCAUCAUCCGGCGGCAGCCGGUCUCCCUGGAUCUCAGCUGGACCAACAUCUCCAAGAAGCAGCUGAGCUGGCUCAUCAACCGGUUGCCUGGGCUCCGAGACUUGGUGCUGUCAGGCUGCUCAUGGAUCGCUGUCUCAGCCCUCUGUAGCUCCAGUUGUCCACUGCUCCGGACCCUGGAUGUCCAGUGGGUAGAAGGACUAAAGGAUGCCCAGAUGCGGGAUCUCCUGUCUCCACCCACAGACAACAGGCCAGGUCAAAUGGACAAUCGGAGCAAGCUCCGGAACAUUGUGGAACUGCGCCUAGCUGGCCUGGACAUCACAGAUGUCUCCCUGCGGCUCAUUAUUCGCCAUAUGCCCCUGCUCUCCAAGCUCCACCUCAGUUACUGUAACCACGUCACUGAUCAGUCCAUCAACCUGCUCACUGCGGUCGGCACCACCACCCGGGACUCUCUGACAGAGAUCAACCUAUCGGACUGCAAUAAGGUCACUGACCAGUGCCUGUCCUUCUUCAAACGCUGUGGAAAUAUCUGUCAUAUUGACCUGAGGUACUGCAAGCAAGUCACCAAGGAAGGCUGUGAGCAGUUCAUAGCUGAAAUGUCUGUGAGUGUCCAGUUUGGGCAAGUGGAAGAGAAACUCCUGCAAAAACUAAGUUAGCUCCAGGACAAGGAUGUAAAUAUGGGGGUUUGGGGGAAUACAGCCAGGGAGAGGGAAGACUGCAGAGACAAGUGGGCCUGUAUUUCCCUUUGGAAUCUGAAACGAGACUACAGGACACAGUUCUGUUUUGCAAGUCUUGCCAAGGGAGAAGCCGUUCAACCACCCAUUUGGGGAUGAGUGAGCCAGAUGUUUUCCUUUGCUCUUUCUACAUCGUAACUGCACUGCUUCUGGACCAUUUCUAAGGCGGCCUUUAGAAGACAUUCCAAUUGCAAAGGAAGAUGAGCUUCAGAGAAAUCCUCUUAGAAGCCUGAGUUUAGUGUUUUUAUCAGCAGCUUCUGUUUGGGACACCUUGUUCCUUGCAAUGCUGAGGCUUCUGGUGUCAACAUGGAGUGGACCACAAACACCACCUGCAGCCAUCUUGACACAUUUUGUUUAGUUGGUUUUGUUACACCUUACAUUAUGCAGAACUAUUUUUGUAUAAAUUGUUUAAAAAUUAUUUAUGCAAGAUU